AUUAGUGUAGAACUUUGUUCCAGCAGACUCCAUCUGUUCAGGAGGAAGAGAUUGCUCAGAGCUCAUUUCCAGAAUAAUCUAAGCUGAGAAUCCCAGAGGAAGAGGAAGGAAAGAAGGAAUGGCUCUUUCCAAGGGACAGUUGACCUUCAGGGACGUGGCCAUCGAAUUCUCUCAGGAGGAGUGGGAAAGCCUGGACCCCGCUCAGAGGGCCUUGUACAGGGACGUGAUGCUGGAGAACUACAGGAACCUGCUCUCCCUGGGUGAGGAGAACUUCCCUCCCGAAAUUGUAGGAAACCUUUCUGCUGGAUUUGCAAUAAAAGGAUUAUCACAAAGAGAGGGCAUUAAUGAACGAGAAUUCUAUCAUCUACUGAUAUUGGAAAGAAAUGAAAGCCAUGGCAUCAAGGAUUUUGACCUCAAAGAAUUCUUGGAAAAUAUGCAUGAGUUUGGGAGUGUGUGGGGAUAUGAUGCAAGAAAUCACAAAGGAGUGCCUUUAAUCCAUAAUGGACAGUUCAUUCAUAGAACAGAUGAAUGUAAUAAAUCUACAACUAAUUUUCUUCAAAAGCAGAGUGUGUCUGUACGAGAUAAUACAUACCAAUAUUGCAUGCAUGGUGAGCCAUUUAUAGGCAAUUUGUUAAAACUAAGAAAUAUUGUAAGUGAUGCUGGAAAUGAGUAUAUAAAGUGUUUGGAAAAUAGAACUGGAUUAAGUUUGCAGGCACACUGGAUGGAACUGCAGAGAUUGCAAACUGAGGAGAAAAUUUAUAAAUGCAAUCAAGUUGAGAAGUCUGUCAAUCGUGGUUCCUCAGUUUUGCCACUUCAAAAAAUUCCUCCUAGUGUCAGAAACAUUUGUAAUAAAUAUAGGAAGGUUUUUAAAUAUCUUUUGUUACCUGCACAAUAUGGGAGAACACACACUAGAGAAAAAUCUUACAAACGUACUAAGUUCAGGAAGGCUUUUAGGAAAAGCUCAUACCUCUCAAAACAUGAGAGAAUUCAUUCUGCACAGAGACCUUACAAAUGUAAUGAGUGUGGCAAAGCUUUUAAUAAGUGCUUGAACCUUAGUAGACAUCAGAAAAUCCAUACAAGAGAGAAACCAUAUAAUUGUGAUGUGGGUGGCAAAAUCUUUCAUCAGAAUUCAAACCUUGCAAGUCAUCAGAGAAUGGAUACUGGCGAGAAACCUUACAAAUGUAAUGACUGCAGCAAGGCCUUUGCUAAACACUCAAGGCUUACUCAACAUAAAAGAGUCCAUACUGGAGAGAAACCUUACAAAUGUAAUGAAUGCAGCAAAGCCUUUGCUAGAUGUUCAAGCCUUACUCAGCAUAAGAGAAUCCAUACUGGAGAGAAACCUUACAAAUGUAGUGAAUGCAGCAAAGCCUUUGCUGAACACUCAAAGCUUACUCAACAUAAAAGAAUCCAUACUGGAGAAAAACCUUACAAAUGUAAUGAAUGCAAGAAAGCCUUUGCUAGACAUUCAAGCCUUACUCAACAUAAGAGAAUCCAUACUGGAGAGAAACCUUACAAAUGUAAUGAAUGCAGCAAAGCCUUUCCUAGACACUCAAUGCUUGCUCAACAUAAAAGAAUCCAUACUGGAGAAAAACCUUACAAAUGUAAUGAAUGCAGCAAGUCCUUUGCUAAACGCUCAAGGCUUACUCAACAUAAAAGAAUCCAUAAUGGAGAGAAACCUUACAAAUGUAGUGAAUGCAGCAAAGCCUUUGCUAGACAUUCAGGUCUUACUCAACAUAAGAUAAUCCAUACUGAAGAGAAACCUUGCAAAUGUAGUAAGUGUGGCAAGGUAUUUAGUCAAAAGUCAAGCCUUGAAAGUCAUCAGAGAAUUCAUACUGGUGAGAAACCUUACAAAUGUAAUGAGUGUGGCAAAUCUUUUACCCAUUUUGUGUGCCUUAAAAGACAUCAGAAAAUCCAUACUGGAGAGAAACCUUACAAAUGUAAUGAGUGUGGCAAAUCUUUUAACCGAUUUGAAAGCCUUACAAUACAUCAGAAAAUCCAUACUGGAGAGAAACCUUACAAAUGUAAUGAGUGUGGUAAAGCCUUUAUGGAUGUUUCAUACGUUACUCGACAUAAAAAAAUCCAUACUGGAGAGAAACCUUUCAAAUGUAAUGAGUGUGGCAAAACUUUUAUGCAGGGUUCACAUCUUACUCGACAUAAGAAAAUCCAUACUGGAGAGAAACCUUACAAAUGUAAUGAGUGUGGCAAGGUCUGUAAUCAAAAGUCAAACCUUGCAAUUCAUCAGAGAAUUCAUACUGGAGAGAAACCUUACAAAUGUAAUGAAUGUGGCAAAGUGUUUGCUGAGCGUUCAAGACUUACUCAGCAUAAGAGAAUCCAUACUGGAGAGAAACCUUUCAAAUGUACUGAGUGUGGCAAAACUUUUAUGCAGAGUUCACAUCUUACUCGACAUAAGAAAAUCCAUACUGGACAGAAACUUUACAAAUAUAAUGAACCUGGCUAGGUUUGUGGUCAAAAGCAAAACAUUGCAAUUCAUCAGAGAAUUCACACCGGAGAGAAACCUUAUAAUAGUAGUGGAUGCAGCAAAGCCUUUGCUGAGAUUUCAGGCAUUACUCAGCAUAAGAGAAUCCAUACCGGAGAGAGACCAUACAAGU